CCGCAAUCUUCAAAAUACUAUUAUAACAUGCUGACAAUACUCAGGGCUUGGCUCCAGACGGCAGAUGAAGCAAAGAAGGUUCAGCAAACUCAAUGUCGGCUAAUAUUCGAUAAUCUGUCCCUCCCUGUAUCAAUGCAGUCAAAAGUAUAUGACGCGAUAAUCGAGUCAUGGACAAGUGCGUUGAAAACACUAGAGAGGCUGAUCCAAGGCACACCACAGCGUAUAGAUACUGGUGCCAUACUCUUAGGGUUAUCUGCGUGGCAUCUUUAUCCAGAUAUAAUACUGGCUGGUACAGAUCAGUAUGUCAAGCAAGCUGACUCGCUUAUCACACCGGGCGGUACUGUUACCAUUGGCCUCAGGAGCAGAGAGGGUAAUGGAGACGGAGUUUUCUGGUCACUCCCACUAACCCACGCGAGAUAUUACGGCGAAUCAGGACUGACAACGAGAUAUGCGGGAAUCGGCCAGUCACGAGUCAGUUUUGAAGAGUUCAUGUUCGUUGUUGUUGGGAGUAUACUGGGCGGAUGGGAUCUUGAAGAUAGGACGUUUGAGACGGGGUUAAACUUGAUUGACAUCCUAGACACAUCACUGCAGAGUUGGAAGCCAAGUGAAAGCGAGUCUCUGCGGCAUUCCAAAGGUCGAUCGAGAAUGGGAUGGCUCAAAUUACUCGGGUCGGCCGCCAGACAAUACACGAAAUCAAAGGAUAUCACUCGACAGCAGAUUGGUCGACUUCUUUCGUUCGGUCAGAGACGAUGUUCAACAAUGCUUGCGCCAAAGAAAGCUCGAGUGUAUUCAGUGUUUGGUCUAACAGACUUUCGGGUUUUAUUAGCACCGUUUGCUGAGAGUUUGAGUCAUGAAAGCGGACCUGUACUUAGCUUCCUUCGCAACUUAGGUUGCCGAGUACUCGAUCCGAACACAGCCAGGAGCGCAAUGAUCAGGUACCGACUAAGUUCGACUCAAUCGUUCCGCUUCACGCGCCUAGCCGUCUCCGGUCUUUCGGUCAAGAGACGAAGAAGGAACAAUAACAUCAGUCAACGAUCAGAAGAUUCCUUUGCAGAAUCGCACUGGAUGAAUGAUCAGGAUGAUGAUUUGUCAGACGGCGAGGAUGGAGCACGGGAAAUCAUGAUGCCGCAUGCAAUCGGGGAAGCCCCCACACCCCACUGUUUCGUUUGCGGAGUUCCUGGAUUGGCUGCUAUAUAUCUGCCGUCAUAUAUUCCUCAAUCGACCAUUGGGAACAACACACUAAAAGUCUCACAACUGAUUAGCUGCAUCGAAAACGGCGAUUUGAACCACCACCAGAUAGCAAAUGCACUCGCUUAUGUCGGAACCUCUGCCUCGAAGAGCGUAUACUUCGACUCGCUCUGUGCGGUCGAGGCUGCGGAGCGAACCUACUCUCAACUCCCGGGUGCUAAGGUGGACCUUCAGGUUACAUCACUGCCACUAUGCAGUUCCAAAUGGUGGAGAGAAUUUAAAAAACCGAAUUGUCAACUUUUGCAAGCAACCUUCAGCUGCAUUGCGUAUUUCGAAACGGGUUCUUACGAUAUAGAACCCAGCAAUAUCGGCAAUCAAGCAUUUGCCAUCAGUCAUUCUAGCUCUAUUUUCGUUGCCAGUCAACUCCUUGGGGAUCCUCACGAAGCAUCUCGUCACGCACCUGUCGAAAGAAUCGUCGGAAAUGUGGGUAAGCCUGGACUGGCAAUCUUGAUUACACCGCCGCAUCCAAAAAUUCGCAAGCUAGACUUCUCAUCAUGGCAUAAGAUUGCACAUGAGCCCUUCGAUGGAAGUGCACAGAACAACUUUCAAGGGACCUCUUUCCAUCUCUCUUUCACUGGCUACGAGCUUCCGCUCAACAUCAACUCACGAAGCGGCCGAGAUGUGCUGGCCUAUUUCUUGGAGACAACUGUAUCCGUCUACAAUCAUGGUGAAUGGGUCGCUGACCUCGACAUUUUAGAAGCAGCGACGCUUUGGACAUCACAGGUAAAAAAGUACUGCGAUCAUCGGGAAUUGCCGGACUUCGACUUUUCAUCCCUAGUUUCCAUCGACUCAUGGUCUGAACUCCUCGAUCCCCCGGUGCAGAGCGCUGUCGUGCGUGCCAGUGGGGAUCCCAUCGCCCGACUAGCGACAGCCGCGUUGGCCUCACGCCUGGCAGCCAAGGUCAUCGUUCUGCCAUCAACUUCGGUUUGUUUGGCCUGCUAUUUUGGUGCAUUUGACAAAGUAAAGACAAAGGCAGGCAGUGAUGGUGUAGACAAGAUUGAUAAAGAUGAGGAUGACAUAAAUAAAAAUCUAGAGGAGAAGGACAGAAAUCGUGUGGAAGACGAGUCUAAUGACAAUAACAGCCUGAUCUCUUCUCGGGAUGGACAUGGCCAACAGAAGAAACCCCGAAACCCAUUGGCCUGGAUAGAAACCGAGAAUUACUUCAUUGAUGACAUGGAGUUAGCCACGUACGCAUUCAAUAUUGACGACACGGUAGACGAGUUACAGGAGGAACCAAAAGUAUCUGUACCUUUAGUUGUCUAUAUUUAUUAAGUUGGAUUGCCGUAACAAGAGCUAGAAUUUUCUGGUACACAACGCUGGGCUUAUUAGGAUUGAAAAUA